CGAGAAGGUGGUGAGUAAGACUUCCCUGGCAGAGGAUGUAUUGCUGGUUAGAUAAAAAAAGCCAACGGCCAUACCACGUUGGAAGCACCGGUUCUCGUUCGAUCACCGCAGUUAAGCAACGUUUUGAUAGUGGUUUCUUAAAUCUCAUUCUCUUUUAAAGAAUAACAGAUGGAAUCUAAAUUUUAAUACACAUUCACAAUUUAAGACUUUAAGUUUACUAUGUUUCACAUUUCACAAUGUGUCUUUAGAAUAUUUAACUUUUACCAAAAGCUCAUUAAGAAGGCCAGACAUCUCUCUCAUAUUACUUUCUUCAGUCUAGAAUAUAUAUGCCCGCGCACUUUGGCUCCAUCAUUUAUCAGCAUGUUACAUAUACUUUCUUAAUUUAUUUUAGUUUGAACUCGCUGAGAUCGAAGAAAAUAUGCUGAAUGUGCCAAUAAGCUGUGUGAAUAUUGUUCACAGUCCAGAUCUAGAAAAUAUACAAACACUUUUAAAUUACUAUGAAUUGAACGAAACAGAUGCAUCAAAUGAUUUUGAUGAUUCUAAGCAGAAUGUCGACACAAUGACAGAUGAGAAUUUAAAGGAUACUACUGAUUCACCUGAAGUUAGUUGGGAGGUGGCAGAAGGUCAGAAUCUUUCAUUCAGUAGUUUAAUAUAACACACAUAGUUUUAAUUUAAUAAAAUUUAUUCACUAAUUAUAAAAAGUAGUUUAACUAAACUAAAUAUUUCAAAAUUCCUGGUUAUUUGACAUGAUCACAGAAAAAAGUGGGAAAAACAGGAUUUUCAGUUCAUUUCGAGACUUUCUAUCAGCCACAAAUAAUAUAAAACCACAUUUAGUAACAUCAUUGCUUACACGUUUUUCAAAUACCUUACUUAUGCUAUUUGAACUCGACUUCCUUGAUGAUGAUGAUGAUGAUGAUGA